AGUCCAAAAAUAUGUUUUUUGAAGAAUGUUGUUUUGUUAAGUAUUGUUUACAAAUUCCUGACUGAAAAGAUAAAUUACAGUUUAUUUUUCCUUAUCUUUUAACUUCUAGAUUUCUUAGCACGUAAUUAAAAUAAUGCACAUAUUGUGCUUAAUUAAUGCAAUUCUUGCAGAUUAAAUGGUUUCUUAAGAAAUAAUUCUGCGAUUUUUAUCAGUUCUGUCGAUCACAAAAGUUAUCGAAUUAAUAUUAUUUAAGGUUUUGUAAAAUGUGAAGUGCUUCAAGAGAUUUUUGGGUUUCAAAUGUCUACUACCGCUCUAAUUUGGAAAUGGCACUGGCUACUAAUCGCAUCUCUGUUCCUUCUCACUUUUACCUUGCAAAGUCAAUUACCAGGUCAACCAAUAACGUUGGUAUAUUCAACAACAAAAGAUAUACGAAAUUUAACUUUCAUAAAAAACAGAGAAAACCAAAAACCAAAGAUUAUAAUAAGGAACUAUACUUACAUAGCUUCGAUAGAUUUUCAUUAUGAAAAGGAGAUGAUGUGUUGGUCGGACCAGGAACUUUUGGGCAUAUUUUGUGGCCACUAUGACAAUAAUAUAGCAGAGAACAAGGUUAAAGUUAUUGGAGAAAUAUUAGCGCCUGAUGGCUUAGCAAUAGAUUGGUUUACUAAUAACAUUUAUUGGGUGGAUAGCGAUACAAACAAAAUAGAAGUUGCAACCUUAGAUGGAAAACACCGCAAAGUACUUUUUUGGACUGACAUAGAUCAACCACGUGCCAUAGCUGUAGUUCCUAUGAAAGGUUUUCUGUUUUGGACUGACUGGGGCGAAGUGCCAAAGAUUGAAAGGGCAGGAAUGAAUGGAGACCCUCGAACCAGGAGGAUAAUCGUUUCUGAAAACAUUUAUUGGCCAAACAGUAUAACAGUCGAUUAUAAAACUGAAAAAGUUUAUUGGAUUGAUGGGAAACUGCUUUUUAUCAAGGUAAUGGAUUAUGAUGGCAAAAAUUUGACGACGAUUUUAAGUACUGGUUUAGAAUAUCCCUAUAGAUUAUCUCAGAUUUCAACAAAACUAUUUUGGACUGACUGGAAAACACUAGCUAUCCAUUAUUAUGACUCCAACUCAAAUCAACGUCCUACUGAGUUAACUGUUACACCGCAUUUAAUGGAUAUCAAAGUUUUCGAUAAAGAAAAACAGAUAAAAAUACCCCACCAAUGCGAGGAAAAUAACGGGGGAUGUUCUCAUUUGUGCCUUUUAGCACCAGAUUUUCCAUACUACUCGUGUGCCUGCCCUAUAGGGAUUAAGUUAAUAGACAAUAAAACAUGUGCCGAUGGGCCUCAAGAACUUUUAUUAUUAGCGAGAAGAUCGGAUAUUUACGUUAUCUACUUAGAUUCUCCUGAUUAUAGUGGUAAAAUUGUACCUUUGAAUAACGUUAAGUAUUCCAUAGCUGUUGAGUUUGAUCCGGUUGAAAAAUACGUUUAUUGGUCGGACGAUGAGGUUAAAAAAAUACAAAAAGCUACUUUAAAUGGAGAGGACCAACAAGAUGUUAUUAUGUCGGAAGUUAAAGAUCCUGAUGGCAUGGCCUUGGAUUGGGUUGCAAGAAACAUUUAUUGGGCAGAUACAGGCACUGAUCGAAUAGAGGUGGCCAAACUAGAUGGAGGAUAUAGAAAAGUUAUAAUAGGCGAUGGUUUGGUUGAUCCUAGAGGAAUUGCUGUCGCUCCUGAAUUAGGUUGGCUAUUCUGGUCUGACUGGAACGAGAAAGACACGAAAGUAGAAAGGUCUAAUUUGGAUGGUUCAGAGCGUGACUAUAUUGUCCGAGACAAUCUUGGAUGGCCUAAUGGAAUAACCUUAGACCUGAAAUAUAUGAAAAUCUAUUGGUGUGAUGCCAAGUUUGAUAGGAUUGAGUUUGCCAAUAUGGACGGCUCUGAUAGGCGAGAGUUAAUCAGUGACAAUGUUCCGCAUCCAUUUGGUUUCAGUCUAAUGGGAGAAAAUUUAUAUUGGACUGAUUGGCAAAGGAGAGCGAUAGAUAGAGCACAGAAAGAAUCAGGAGAUAAUAGACAGGUAAUCGUGGACCAAAUGGAAAACAUUAUGGGCCUAAAAGCCGUCAGACUACAAGAACCGUCCGGUUGGAAUGUGUGCAAAGACAACAACGGAAAUUGUUCGCAACUGUGCCUUCACCGACACGACAAAACUAGAGUGUGCGCAUGUCAAAUCGACUACGAACUGUCUAAAGACAAAAGGCAGUGUGUCCAAGCGGACGUGUUUUUAUUGUACACCAUGAAGGAUAGAAUUGGGAGGAUAAGCAUUGAAAACGAGCCGCUGGAAAACAACUUGCAUAUCCCAAAUAUUAAACACGCUAGUUCAAUAGAUUUUGAUACAAACUCAAUGAGAAUUUAUUGGAGCGAUAGCAAGCUACGUUCUAUCAUGAAAGCCUACAUAAAUGGAUCUGAACCUCAGAAAGUUAUUGACUUGGGACUAGCCUCUGCAGAAGACAUUGCUGUUGAUUGGUUAGGGUUAAAUAUCUAUUGGACUGAUCCGACAUCUCAUAGAAUUGAAGUAGCGAGACUCACAGGUACAUCAAGAAAAACCUUAUUAUGGCAUGAGACUUAUGAGCCUUAUAGUAUUGUGUUGGAUCCAGUGUCAGGUUACAUGUACUGGUCUGAAUGGGGUCAAUCGAAUUCAAUAAAAAAAGCUGCAAUGAAUGGGUCAAAACAAAGGAAGUUGAUUUCAACAAAUGGUAGAGCUAUAGGUCUGACACUAGAUUAUGAAAGGAGAAGGUUAUAUUGGGCUGAAAAUGACCAUUCAUGCAAUAUGUCUGCUAUAUGGUCGGCAGAUUUAGAUGGCAAUGACAAAAAGAUCAUCGUAAACCACGGAGUUUGCAAUCCAAGCGGUUUAUCUUUAUAUAAAGACCACAUUUAUUGGACUGAUGCGACAAAUCAAUUGUAUCGUGCCGAAAAAUAUGAAGGAUCAAGCUUCACAUCCAUAAUGCCAUUGAGUGAGAAUCCAACUGAUCUGAUCGUGUACCAGUCAGCAAAACAAAAUCAAUCGAAUCAAUGCGCUACCAGCAAUGGAGGGUGUUCUCAUUUGUGUUUAGCUCUACCUGCCGACAACCCGGAUGAACACACAAAAUAUACGUGCGCAUGUCCUACGCAUUAUAUCUUGCAAAAUAAUGAAUGUAUACCUCCUACAAGUUUUAUGAUAUAUAGUUUAAAGAAUUUGGUUGUGAGAUUAGUGCCUGAUGAUGUUUCCGAUUGUCCUGAAGCAGUGUUGCCGAUUCAGGGUUUAAAGGCCGUGAGAGCAAUUGAUUUUGACCCAAAGAAUAAUGUUGUUUAUUGGGUGGAUGGUAAGGUUCAUGCUAUAAAGUCGGCAAAUAUAGGCAGUCAACACGUUAACACGGUCGUACCCAAUAGUCACGACAUAAGACCAUUCGACAUUGCCAUUGAUGCCAUAGGUCGCCUUCUUUUUUGGACAUGCGCUGUUCAAAAUGUCAUCAACGUAACCAGAUUGGACAAUUCGAACCCUUUCGGUAAUCUGAAGACUAGAGAUGGAGAAAUACCGCGAUUAAUUGUCAUACACGUCACGAAAAGGCUGCUGUUUUAUACCGAUAUGGGUGACACUCCUCAGUUAAUUCGAACUCGAUUAGAUGGAUCUUAUAGACUUGUGAUAACUACGGCCGACGACAUAAAAGCAAUAGCUGUCGACAUUGAAAAUGAUUCAGUGGUCUGGUCUCAAGGCCAGAGCAUCUAUAUCAGCAAUAUCGAUGGCGAAAACAAACAUGUACUGCUAAGCGAAAAUAAAUCAAAAAUCUCUCAACUCACCGUCCAUUCUGGAUGGCUGUACUGGAUUGAUAAAGAGCUGAACGAACUCCAGAGACUGGAACUGACGACUGGCAAAUCGAGGUCGACCCUACCCAUUCAGGCUUCGCAUAUAGUCGACUUAAUCUCCGUAAACAAGCUUCAAAAUCAUAGUUGUAACGUGCAGAAGAGAUGCUCGCAUUUUUGUAUAUUAAAUGGCACAUCUCCUCACUGUGCGUGUCCCCAUGGUAAAAUGUUGCAAGAAGAUAAAGGUUCUUGCCAGGCGAUCCCUAAUUGCGGUCCAGAAAGGUUUACUUGUACCAUUGUAUCUUCCGAAUCCAGAGAUUGUAUUCCUAUAGCUUGGAGAUGCGACAGGCAAAUCGAUUGUUCUGACGGUAGCGAUGAAUUGGACUGCCCCAGCUGUCAACCGAAUCAGUUCAGGUGUCAGGACGGUCACUGCAUUGAUAAAUCCUACGUUUGUAAUAAUGUCAACGAUUGCGCAGAUCGUUCUGACGAGAAAAACUGUUGUAAAAAUGGAUUUGCCUGCCCUCAAACAGAAGUUUGUUUGGCUUCGUCGUUGGUCUGCGAUGGCCUGGAAAACUGCGCAGACGGUUCUGACGAGAGGGACUGUCCCAAUCAGGCCAAUCACGAUGUCGAGAUAUGGAAGGGGCCGAUUUUUGCGGUUAUGGCCGUCAUAUCGUUCAUUUCGCUCAUUGGAUUUGUGGUAUAUUAUCGCAAAAGGUGCAUACCCAGAGAGGAGGUCAUUGAACCACCAGAAGACAGUUUAAGCCCUUUAGAUCCUAAUGGACACAACAAGCAUCUCAGAAAAGCUUUUCCAGACGUAGUUAGAAUGUCUAUGCUGAGUGAUAGCGGUCUUUCGACUUACGAUCAUAGGCACAUCACCGGGGCUUCCAGCAGUUCAAAUACCAAUGGUUCUAGCAGCGGCUGUUAUCCUAGAGAAACGUUAAAUCCGCCGCCAAGUCCGGCAACUACGGCAGCGUCCACCAGAGGGAGCAGUCCGUCAAGAUAUAGACCUUACAGACAUUAUAGAUCUAUCAACCAGCCACCCCCUCCUACACCCAACUCGACCGACGUCAAUGACGAAAGCGACUACAAUUAUCCGUUGAACAGAAGCAGAUACGAGGGAUCGUUUCCUCCACCUCCAACUCCCAGAUCUCAUUACCACCAGGAGAGUUGUCCUCCCAGUCCCAGUUCGAGGAGUUCCACGUAUUUUAGUCCCUUACCGCCUCCGCCCAGCCCUGUGGCCAGCCCUAGAGGCGAUUCCGAUUCUUAAAAUAAGGUUCUGAAUCGUGUUUUGGACUGUACACUGUCACAUAGCCCUUCGGUCAGCCUUGAAGGCGAUUCCGUUUUUUCGAUAACUUUUUGAAUCGUUUUCUGAAGUUUACACAGAAUUUUCUAACUAUACAGAAGCGACACGAGCAAUUUUUUUGUGCAUCAAAUUUUAAGUGAGUGAUAUUUGGUUAGCUAAUGAAUGCGUAAAAAAUGAAAUAAUUGAAAAAAACGUGCCAUCUCUCGUGGGCAGAUUCCUCACGUUAAAAUAAGAUUUAUUUUUCAUAUCGUUUUGUAGCUACAAGGACGUUUAAUACCAAUUAAAAGUUGUAUCUUGAUAUUUUGUCGAUUUCAAUCUCCUUGAUGAGAUAAACGCAAUUUUACUAAUCACAA